AUGUCGACCGUGUCGUGGUUGGAGCCUAUCGAGAAACGUUUCGCAGAGGAGAACGCGGUGAAAUGGAUGGACGACCACUGGUUGCUCUCCGUGUACGCCAGCGUCAUCUACGUCGUCCUGGUCCAUGCAGGAAGACACUGGAUGCACGACAAACUCGCCUGGUCGCUACGCAAGCCGCUCGUGAUGUGGAACGCUUCACUCGCUGCUUUCAGCACGCUUGGCACUCUUACGCUGCUCCCUCCCAUGGUCUCGGCGCUGCUGGAAGAAGGUCUCGCCUACUCGGUGUGCCAUAGGAUCGUGUCCGGGACAACCUCUCACCAUCGCAACCUCUGGUCGUUCCUCUUCGUUGUCUUCAAGAUGGUAGAGCUCGGAGACACUGCAUUCAUCGUCCUCAGGAAGACGCCGCUAAACUUUCUCCACUGGUACCACCACAUCACUGUAAUGAUGUACAGUUGGAGUUUCUACAGUAUGAGGCCCGGCGUCGCCAACUGGUUUAUUCUCCUCAAUUUCUUUGUCCACUCAGUCAUGUACACCUAUUACGUUGUGCGAGCUUGUGGCUAUAAGCUAUCGCACAAGAUCAUGCAACUAGUGACAUGUCUUCAGCUCUCUCAAUUUGUAGUGGGUAUUCUGGCAAAUCUGUUCGCCUUCCGCCUGCAGAUAUCAGGGGAGCCAUGUGGGAUAACUGAGCCUGCUUUCUACAUUGGACUUGCCAUGUACGGCUCCUACUUUGUGCUCUUCGCAAACUUUUUUUAUCAGCGCUAUUGCGCAAAGAAGUAG